UUAAAAAUAAAAUCUAAAGAUAAAUACUGUGUGCGCAAUGUCCGCGCAGCUUUGUUUCUCGUGAACGCGCCCUCGAAAUGCACCCUGGGAGCGACAAGAUGGCGGGACGUUCAAAAACAACUGCGAAUGGGCGAAUUGACAACCAAAUAAACAUCAAAUAACUCCGUGCAGCUCGGCGUUGAGCCGCCAGCGGUCGACCGCGACGCCGGGAGCGGCCGGUGACCAUGAACCGGGGCCGCGGGACGGGCUCCUCGCUGCAGCGGGACUCGGGCCCGUCCAAAACAAACCGACUGAGGAGAAGUUUCAGGCCGACUCAGCAGACGGAGGCGGCGAAGGAGGGCGACUCUCCGAGGAGCCAACAGCCGGAGUUUAAGACCCCGACCCGGAUCCCGAGGUCCAGAGCCGGCAGUGGUUUCACCGCCGAGUCUCCGAACAACGACUCCGACUUCCAGCAGGACAUCAUCUGGGACGCCACGUCUCCGUCGCCCAGCAGACUCGGAAAAAGAGGGGUGAAACAGAAGCCUCCCGGAGCUGUGGACAUCUCAGACAUUGUUAGCAGGAUCGCCCCAAAGUACGGCAGGCCGACGGUUGCCGAGCCGACUCUGCAGCAGUGGAUCGGAGACAGCGCCGCCAUCCCCUGCACGCCCGACGUCCAAGGCCCCAGACCCAAGAAGAAGUCCCCGCGGCCGAACGGAGUGGACGACCUGCUGAAGCUGGCCAAGCAGUUCGACUUCAACAUGUUUCAUCGGGAUGAAGAAGAAGCGGAGGAAAUGCACCAGCAGAGCCUGGAGCUCCUCUCGGAGGACAUCCUGAGCGGCGCUUCGCCGGCGCUUCCAGAAGGUCGGCGCCGCCCGGAUCCACACGUGGAGGACGAGUUGGAUUUUCUGUUUGACGGACCCACCCAGCGCUUCAGCGGAAAUCUAAGUCAGCUGACGCAAGUCAAACCGCCUGCCCAGGGGGCUCCUGGGACACCAGCCGCUUCCUCACACGACCCCGGCGCCGGCGUGUCCGGGGCGGGCGCCAACGCCGCUUUGGCAAGAGACGAGUUUGAGGACGACUGGGAAAACGACGACUUGUUGAACGACUCGUUGGUGCUGGAGAUGACGCAAAAUCCACAGAAGUUCUGCGCCCCGCAGCACUGCUCCACCCAGAUAGCCGCGGGUCACGUGACGCACCGGCGGGAGAGUCCGGCGGGCGCCGUCGCUCGGGCGCCGGUUUCUAACAACGGGAGACAAAGGACGACUUUCAAGCUGGAAACUAAUCCUGUUUUUUCUCUCGGAGGAAUCCAGAAAAACGGGAAGGUGGAUUUUGCCUCAAAGGAGUCUGUUAAAGACGCGGCGCAGAGCGGGCGUUGCCCCGGUAACGGUGUCUCCGUGGAGGCGGGAUCUCGUUCCUGGCAAACGCCGAACCCGGUGAAGUCGUAUCCGCGGCAAGCAGAGAUUCAUCGGAGGGCUUCUGUCGCCAGGUACGACGCCGCCGCGUCCAACGCAGCAUCCAACGCAUCCUCCACCCAAACGGGACGAAGCUUUCCCACAGAACCUGCGCCGGUGGCGUCCCGCGGCGUGGCGUCCCGCGGGGAAGCAGCCGCCUCUGACCUCCUACAGGAGGACCUGGAAGAGCUCUUCUCGUCCGACCCGGUUUGGGGAGACGAGGACGACGACGACCUGCUGUGUGAAAUGUGCGAGGUCGUGGAGAACCGCCUCCAGGGCGCCGAGAACGUGCCCGCUGGGGGGGCUCCUCCCCCCGGGGGUCACGUGACUGACCAGAGAGCGCCUUUGCCGCCGUCCAACGGGAGCCAGCAGCCGGCGCAUCGCCGACCUUUUGACCCAAAGACACAAACGGCGGGAGAACCGGCGGUCGGCUCGUGGACCGCUGGCUCCGCCUCCAUCACCGCUGCAGGUGUGCGUGUGACGGAUUCCUCGCAGGCAAAGAGCGCUUCGGCGUGCGGCUCGGCCUGGACGCACGGCAGCAGCCGGGGGAACGCCGGCGAAGGUCGGUUCACCUUCAAGAAGCCGGGCGGCCCGGUUGCCACGGCGACCGUAAAAGAUUUAAGCGCCUGCCUCCCGUCUGCAGCGGGGGGGAGUUGUUCAGCAGCCGAGAUCGAGAGGAAGAAGCAGCAGGCGAAGGAGAGGAGACGACAGCGAACGCAGGCCGCCCAAAACCUCCGAGCUGCCACCUGACACCUGGCGGUUCUCUUCUAGCUCCGUUCGUUGGCACGAUACUUUUUCUCCAACAUUUCUUCUUAAAAAUAUACAUCAUAUACAUAUACAGUUGUAUUGGCCAAGUAAUGUCAUUUUAUGCUUAUGUCGCAUUUCUAGUCCACGAGGUUUAAUUUUUAAACGUUUUAGUUUUUCAUAGUCACCCUUUUGAUAUUGUGUGUGUGUGUGUGUGUGUGUGUGUGUGUGUGUGUGUGUGUGUGUGUGUGUGUGUGUGUGUGUGUGUGUGUGUGUGUGUGUGUGUGUGUGUGCGCACAGUGUUGCAGUCCGGCUGUGCUUAGCGUAGCUUAGCAUAAAGAAUGGAAGCAGAUCUAAAUGGCUCCUUCUAAAAGAUUUGUCUGGCAACAACUCAAAGUCUCACUGAUCCGAGGUUGGCUGCUUCCGUUCUUUAAGCUAAGCUAGGCUAAGCAAGUCUGAUUCUGUAUCAAACUCACACCAAGAAAAUAAUACUGUAUUACAAAAGUUGCAAAGUAUAUUUCACAUACUUAGAACCAUAUUCUGAUACUCUGUUGCAACGACGUGUCAUUUAAAAAGCUCCAGCUUUGAUCCACGUUCAAAAGAAUCUUUUAGUCCCAGAAAUUUGGAACCAAACGGCUUUUCAUCACAUUGACACGUCUUUAAUAAUCCAUUCAUUUGGAUAAUGUGUAAAAAGGAGAUUGAUGACUUUUUAACUUUAUGCUAGUAAUAUCCCCCUGCUUGCAGUCUAAGCUAAGCUAGGCUAACCGCGCCCCCCCAUGUAAGAUAUUUAAAUUGUUUUUUGAUCAUAAGUCAUGUCUGUUUCACUUUAUUUUCUGUGCAGCACUUUUAUAAAUAAUAAUAAACUAAUGUUUUAUUGAUUUGGUCGUGAUCUUCUAUUGGUUUUGGAUGUGAUUCAGAGUGAGGAGCCUCAUCAGGUCAGACCUUCACAAUUAUUAUAUUGUGAUUAGGGAAGAAUUUUAUUUGUACAGUACAUUUGAACAUGAAGCAAGGAGAUCUAAAAAAGCUAAGAACUAAAACCUGAUACUUUGUUCCAGGUACGUCAUCCACAGAACUACGAUAACACACAUAAUCUUAAAGUAAAAAGAAGUCGUUUUCUGCUGAAAUGCGGAGCA